AUGCGAUUACUUCAACAACAAUGGGAAGAGAUAGCGACGUGUGAGGGGGAAUCACUGCAGCAGCCACCCCGUGGGCUGCAAGGUAGAAGGGAGAGUACUCAAGGGUUGAUAAAGCCAACUUUUCGAACAAUAAAAGUUAAUUGUGAUGGUGCAUGGUGUAGUCGUACUAGUAUGGGUGGCUUUGGGUGGGUUGCGAGGGAUUUUGUGGCCAUUUUCAAAGGUGCUGGAGGUGUGGGUAGAAUCCUUUGUGUGUCGAGUAUUAUGGCGGAAGCAGAAGCACUAAGGUUGGCUUUGGUGGCUUGUGUGGAAAGAGGCUUUGAGUCUGUUCAGGUGGAAACUGAUUCACAUGUUCUUGUCGACAUGAUUCAUGGGAGUUUGCAAUCGAAGGCAAUUCUGGAUGGUAUUUUAUGGGAUAUUAAUCUUCUUAAGCAACAAUUAUGUGUUGUUGAGUUUCUAUAUGCUCCUCGUGCCUGUAAUAAGGUUGCACAUCUUGUGGUAUCUUAUGUCACGCAUGUGAGGGUUGUUCAUUCAUGGGAUGGUUUUGAACUAGAAUGGUUGUUUAACAUUCUGACGUCUGAUGUAAACAUUUCGAUUCCUAUUUAA